UCUAUUCUUUCUUUGUCACCAUGGCUGGGCUAAAUAUAUUGGUGGCAUUUUUUAUUUCCACUGUAGCCAUAUGCCAGCUCCUUCGUUGGGCAUCUAAAAAAUUCCUACCCACCAGGCUCCACAGGUGUACGGUUAGUGAGCUGGCCAGCUCUUUACAGUUAUGUGCCUGCUGCAUGGAGCUCCGCAUGUUGGUGGAUAUUGGUAUGUGGGGAGGUGGCUUUGGUCCUGAUGUAGUUAUGACUCUCCUUUUUCUCCUAUUUGUGACCCAUGGGUUCACUUUUGAUGGAGCAUCAGCUAAUUCUGCAGUCUCACUACAGGAACUCUUGCUCCAGAAUUCUCCUCUUAUUGACACAAUUGCUAAACUGUUGACCCAAUAUCUAGGCAUGGAGGUUGCCAAGGUGUUGACCAAACAAUACUGGGUGCUGGAGCUGACAGAAUUUCAUAUGCUUCAAAAUAUAAUGUCACAAGACUGCAGUUCGUCUCUGCAAACAUCGGUUUCUCAUGGCAUCUUUGUGGAGGCAAUAUGUGCUUUUUGCUACCAUUUGGUUAUUCUUCGUCUUCAGAACUCUAAAGCAAUUUACAGGGUGCCUGCAACUGCACUUACAGUCACCUUUCUGGUAUAUGCAGCUGGUCCAUAUACUGCUGCUUUCUUUAACCCUACGUUAGCUUCUUCUCUUACAUUUCACUGCUCUGGAAACACACUUAAGGAAUAUGCACUAGUUUAUUGGGGAGGAUCCUUGAUUGGCAUGAUGUUGGCUCUCUUCCUUUAUCAAGGGAACAUCCCUCUGCUGUUCAGGAGGAACUUGCUUUACUCUCAGAAGGGCAAGUACAAAACCCCUAAGGGAAAAGCCACGAAAGUCACUUCAUCUAAAAAAGUUGUUGAAAACCCAACCUCCUCAAACAGUACUAGCCCGAAGAAAAGCCCUGGAGAGGCCGUGAAAAGAAAAGAAUACACCAUCAAAAAAUAAAAGCCAAUGAACUCAGUAAAUGUUAGGAAAAGUCAAGGAAAGCAGAGCUUGUAUGGUCUGGCAUUUGGGAGUAUCAAUAAUAACACAACUCCCCUGAGAUAUACUGUGGCGCUACUUAUAUUGCUGUCCCAAAACAUAACAGUGCUCAGCAAUGCUUUGCAGGACUAUUUGACAGCAAUUUCUGAUGGGUGAUCUAAUGAGCU